GACAACCAAAAAUGUUGACUUACUGUAGACAAACAAUGUUUGACUGCAAUUUGUUUGAAAUGUGCUCCAAUUUCUCCAUUAAGGAAAUUAACUCUACAGCCAGACAUGAACUUCACAUCCCAGAUGUCAGUUGGAGGUGGUGGCUAUCCUAAAGACAGCUUUAGCAUCGCCUUGACCAAGAACAUUGUGGCCAUGCUGGUGUGGCUGGCCCUAAGCAUCAUCAACGGAAGCAUGGUCCACACCUUCCUCAAGCAUAACUUUUUCUAUGAGGACCCGCGCUACAUCAUGUUCAUCUAUAUGGUCAUAAAUGACGCCCUGCAGCUCACCCUGGUCACGGCAUUGUACGUAGUCAGCUACAUUUUCUUCAAGAUCCAUGCUUCCGUGUGCUGCCUGCUGGUGAUGACUGCCGUUUUGACCACACGCUCCACCCCUCUCAUAUUAGCCGGUAUGGCCGUGGAGCGCUACCUGUCUAUCUGUUUCCCCUUACACUACGGGCACAUAUGCACGGUGUCACGCACCAUUGCCCUCAUCGUGGUCAUCCUGUUCUUAACGGUGGCCGUGCCUCUCACUGACCUCCUGAUCACACUCAUCAAGGAGCCCCUGGGCUUCUUUCGCACCUCCAUCUUCUGCGAUCACUCCCUCGUCUUCCGGGACCGCUCCAUCUACUACAAGAACGCUGCGUUUGACAGCAUCUAUUUCUCCUUUGUGACGCUCACGCUGCUCUACACUUAUUGUAAGAUCAUGCUAACAGCACAUGCUGCCUCCACGGACCUGGUAUCCAUAAAGAGGGCAAGGAAUACAGUGCUACUCCACGGGGUGCAGCUGCUGCUGUGCAUGCUGGCCUUUGUAGUCCCCUCUCUGCAAGCAGCUCUAAUCGCUCUUUUCCCACAGUUUGUCCUGGAGAUCCGUUACAUCUUUUUCCUGCUGGUCUACAUCAUCCCACGAUUCCUCAGCCCCAUGAUCUACGGUUUCAGGGACAAGAAGUUCCGCAAGUACUGGGCCAGGUACCUGACGUGUCGUAGGAACAAUAUAUCUAGAUUGAGGCCAGCUAUGAAAGUGAAUCUCAAGUUCGGGUGA